AUGAAAGCCUUUGACAAUCCGAGUCCUGCCUUCCUUGCAAUUGGGAAACCUGCCAGGAGAGCAGGCUGUGGGCGUGUUAUGGAGCCAAGCCAGGAGAACGUCAACGAACCAUCUCAAAGCCACCCCGCGAUGCUCUUCCAGGCAAUGAGGCUCUUUACUCAACCGCCCCGCCUCCAGAAACAGCAAUCGUGGUUGGCGGCCAGCCUGGUGGCCACGCUGUUCAUCCUGCUUCUCUUGUGGGCCCUUGUCUACCACGUCUCCACCACACAAAUGCCUGCCGGGAUUGGUCAACCUCUGAAGGUCCGGAUCCUGCACGUUUGUAGCAUCAUGGUCUACUGCCUGGGCUACGUUUUAUGGCAACUAGGCCUCUGUGGUCGGUUUGCUGUCCUCCGGAUGCUCGUCGACGGAUUCCCGUCAAGGAAAGACCCGUCGCUCUUCGUUAAGGACACCUACUUCAACACCGUACCGGUGCGGGUCUACCAACCCAAAGUAUCUCCUUCCGGACCAAGGAAAGGAGUCCUCUUCUUUCAUGGAGGAGGUGGCACCUUUGGAAGCAUCGAUUCCUAUGAAAGUGUGUGCUCCUACAUGGCCCGGGAAAGUGAUGCGGUGGUCGUAUCUGUUGGGUACCGCCUCGCUCCGGAGCACCACUAUCCCGCCCAGUGGAACGACUGCACCACGGCUGCCGAGUAUUUCUUGAAGAACGCCGAAGGCUUUGGAGUCGACCCCACUUGUAUUGUCCUGAGCGGUGAUUCCAUCGGAGGAGUGAUGACCGCGUUCCUGGCCCAAGAACUGUCAAAGAGGAAGGACCUCCCCAAACCACGGGCUCAGGUCCUGGUGAGCCCGUUCCUCCAGGGCCUGGAUUUCAACUUGCUUUCGUAUCAAGAAAACCGGUGGGUCCCCUUUGUUUCCCAGAGCGAUUUCCUGCACUUGCUGUUCAUCUACAUCAGCAAAAACAUGUCGGCCGUGGAGAUCGCUUUGGCGGAAUCCCACAUUCCCGAGGAGAAGAGAACCAAGUACCAGCGGUGGCUCAACGCGGACAACGUCCCCAAAGAACUGAAAGCGAAAGGGUUCUACCAGGAGUUCCAGCUCUCCAGUUGUCCCCUGGACAAUAUCCACACCUUGAUUAAAACAAUCACGGGGACCAAUAUCUCCCCGCUUAUCGCCGACGACGCCGUCAUUCAGCAGCUUCCGGACACCUUCAUCUUAACCUGUGAAUAUGACGUCCUGAGAGACGACGGCCUCUUGUACAAGAAGCGGCUGGAGGACAACGGGGUGAAGGUCUCGUGGUGCCACCUCAAAGAGGGCUUCCACGGGGUCUUCCUCCUUUUCAAUCGCUUGUUCCUCAAUUUCGCCUUCUGCCAAAGAGGAUUAGACAGCGUAGUGAGCUACAUCAACGGCUUGUAGGCAUGCAGUUGCCCAGGUUGAUGUCAGGUUAGAAGCCUUCUUCUUUUGGGAUAUGUGCCGGUCAUAUUGAGUGAUGAGUAUUGAGUCCUCCUCCACCCUGAGUGCCCUUGGGGAGAUAGGACGGAAUAUUAAUAAAGUAUUAUUAUUAUUAUUAUUA